AUGCUAAGACUAACAACAGUUACAUCAGAAUGGCUCCGACUAGACGCAGUUCAUCGUUACUUUCAGUACGAUAUAGAAUCAAAUACGAGCACUUGUGAAUUAUGCAAAAAUAAAAUAAAGGGGAAACAUACAACAAAUUUAAAAAAUCAUAUUGCCACCAAACAUUCUAAUGAGUAUCAAGUUGUUGAAGAUUUAAAUACCAAAAUCAUAAGCAAAAAUAAGUCUAGUUCCUCUGAUAAAAUCGCAAUAGCUAGAAUUGAUCAACUGAAAAAACUCUGUGUCCGACUUGUAACAAUUCAUGGAAGACCAUUGGCCAUAAUAGAAGAUGAGGCCUUUCAAGAAAUCAUUAAUUUUGCCGCUACAAGCGACGUUACAAGUAAAACAAUUAACAUUAAAGCAAUAAAAACAAAAAUACAAGAAGAAGCUAAUGCUAUUAGAAAAUGCAUAUCGAGCGAAGUACAAAACAAAAUGAUAAGUUUAAAAUUGGAUUCCGCAACUUGCCUUGAACGCAAAUUUAUCGGCGUGAACGUGCAAUAUAUUAUAAAUGGAAGAAUUGUUGUAAGGAAUCUAGGAGUUUUGGAAGUGUGCGAUAGACAAACUUCGACUUUCUUAAAAAAUACGAUUGAAGAAUUAUUGACAGAUUUUAGAAUUGGGGUAGAUCAAAUAUAUUGUAUUUGUACUGAUAACGGUAGUAAUAUGGUAAAGAUGGUAAAAUUGAUGGGAGGAGCAUACAUUUCUCAAUAUGAUAACUGCACAACUGAACAAGAAGAAUUUGAAUUAAUGGACGAAAAUGAAGAAAGCGAAGAACAAAGCACAGAAGAGGAGCAGGUUAAUGAUAUUUUCCACUCUGUCGAUGUUGAUGUUCAUAAUUUGAUUAAUAAUGAAGGGACAUUCAAAGUGCGAGUGAUGUUAUGUGCGGCACAUACACUACAAUUGGCUGUUAAAGAUGCGAUUAACGCUGACGCUUUGUAUUUGGAUAGACGCCUGAAUGUUAUAUUGUCUCCAGAACAGUGCCAAAAGGCAAGGACACUUUUGAAACAGGUGUAUAUGCAAAUCAACAGUCUAAAAGAAAGGGACUCAUUGUCUUCCAAUCCUGAAUUGGUUGAUACUGAAUUGGAUACAGUCAAUCCGAUGCCUAGCACUAGUAGCACUAACUAUCCUGCUAUUGAAGCUAUGCUUCAAAGUAAACAAAGAAUGCGAGGAAAUGUAGUGAAAAGUAGGUCCAUUGAUUUGUGUUUACACGACCUUUGCCUCAAUGCACGGAUUAAUUUAGAGGAUGACAUACUAAGGCACUGGCAAAAUAUGGCCACUACCUCGUCAGAAGUAGCAGGUAUAGCCAACACUGUUCUAGGUGCACCAGCAACUCAAGUGUCAGUAGAAAGACUUUUUUCCUCUUUGAAAUUUGUGCUUCAUCCAUUAAGAAGCAACAUUAGUCCACUUUUUUAA